AUGGAUGGUUCCUUGGUAACUUCUAGUUUGAUAAGGGAAACCACAGAAAAUGAAUUUGCAAAUGAAGGUUACAAAUUUGGUCAAGAAGAAGAAACUUAUAAUAUUGUAGCUGCUCAUGACUAUUUUGGCCGAUUGAUCUUCCAAUAUGCAAGUUUCAACAAUUCUCGUUCUUUACGUUUCUUCCUAGCUGCUUGGCCUAUAGUAGGUAUUUGGUUUACCGCUUUAGGUAUCAGCACUAUGGUUUUCAACUUAAAUGGUUUUAAUUUCAACCAAUCCGUAAUUGAUAGUCAAGGUCGUGUAAUAAAUACCUGGGCUGAUAUUAUUAACCGAGCUAACCUUGGUAUGGAAGUAAUGUAUGAACGUAAUGCUCAUAAUUUGCCUUUAGAUUUAGCUGUGAUGGAAGUUCCACCUGUUAAUGAAUAA